AUGUCGUCGGCUGAUGCUGCCGAAUACGGCUUUAAGCGCUUGCGUGUAGCUAGGGCUUGCGUCGUCUGCCGCCUGCGCAAGACAAAAUGCAACGGUGAGCAACCCUGUGAUCGCUGCAAGGCGCACUCGGCACAGUGCAAGUACGAAACCGUCGAAUCACCCACUCCGAAACGUCUCACUCGUACCAGAUCAUCAUCAUCCAUAACCGACGCUGGCCGCUCCUCUCAGCCCAGAGAUGCUUACCCAGACGUCAACAGUAAGGAUGCAUUCGCUUCCGACGCUGCUGCUGAUGCCAGAGCUACCAAGAGGCAAAAACGUGCCAUGAUCGAUCAGAUUGCAGAUCGACGUUGGGGCGACCGACUGCCAUCACGCUCCUCCAACAACACACGCAAGUCUGGCUACGUCCAACAUCAUCUCGAGCUCUACGCCUCGCUCGACCAGGACGAGUCAGAUCCCGACCCAGAUCUCCAUACCGAAGACGGCAUCCGCGCCCACGAUCAGAACACCGGCAACAUGCAGUUCUACGGGUUCACGUCCAACUUCAACUUUCAGCAUCGUCUCGCCCAUACCGUAGAGGCUUUGAGGUUGCGAGAACAGCAUCAGCAUCCCUCUGCCUCCACCGCUAGCAACCAAGCCACACCCACAUCAGCCACCGCCAACCCAGGUCACGAUACCACUUCCAUCGCCUCGUCCAACAGUAGCUGUCGUUCACAUCUCCCCGAGAGCAUGAAGACCUGGGGUCAUCAAGACAUCAUCUUCCGUCAGACGCCCUCGGAAAAGAGCUUCCCUACGCUUGAUGCAUGUAAGGAAGCUGUCGGCGAUUCCACCUUCUUGCCCCCUUCCAUCGUCGACCGCUUUGUCGAAAACUACAUGACUCUGAUUCAGCCACAGCUCGGCGCAGUACCCAAGCGUCAAAUCAUCAAGUGGGUCAAAGAUGCAAAGGCGCUCGGCCAUCUUUCGCGCGGCUUUUCCGGCGUUCCCUCGAUGGCUGCCUCUGGACCUGGCAGCCAUAACGAGCUUCAAGCCGGUCACAAGUCAGGUCCCGCUCCCAUGCGCACCAACGAGCUCGCCGCUCUUUACGUCGUGCUUGCCCUGGGCGCCUUGAUGGACGAGGGCGACUGGGAAGACUGCUUUGCACCUGUUUCACUCACUCGGGAAGGUGCGAUUGCUUGUGCGACCACCCUGUUUCUGCUUGCCAAAAAGCGCCUCGAAGAGAUUGUGGAAAACUCGAGCAUCCAGAGCGCACGCUGUCUUGUGCUCAUGAGCUUUUUUUCGCUCCAGUGGUCCAGUCCCAACGUUGCCUACCUCUACAUUGGCUAUGCGGCUCGCAUGUGCAUCUCGAUCGGUCUUCAUCGCGAAACUUUCCACUCACCGGGCAACCCCAGAAGUGCAGAGCACCGCCAACUCUGGUGGACAUGCUACGGCAUCGAAAGAAUGAUCUCGACCUGGUUUGGCCAGGCGUCGGCGAUUCGCGACGACGAUGUUUCGGUGCGCAUGCCUCAGCCCAACAACUCAUACGAUGCCUACUUGCUCGUCUAUGCGCAAAUCGCGCGCGUCUGCUCCGACAUGGGCCGACUCUCUGCCAAUCCACCCGCCAAUGCACACGACGUCCUGCUCGCUUCUGAACGCAUGGAGGCCGACAUGCUGCGCAUUCGACACGACGCGCCCGCAGAACUCGCCAUUGGAUUGCGUGACGGCUACACUCGCGAUGCUGACGACGAUUCGGACUCAUCUGAUCUGGUGGUGCGCCGAUAUUCUGUCACCAUUCUGUGGUGGUACCUGCGUCUGCUUAUUCACAGCCCGCUCGUUAUCUUUGCGCUCUACUGCCGCUCCAUCGGCACCGACAUCCCACGCAACGUACUCGAAAAGACGCACACCUCGGCGCGCGCCGGUCAGCAGAUCAUCGAUUCCAUCUCGAAUGCGCGAAGCGACAUACCUCGCCCAGGAUUGGACAACAUGCGCUUCGGUAGCUUCUAUCUUGAUUCAGCAUGCACCAUCGUGUUGGCAGCUAUCCUGUGCGAGCCAAGCAAUCAAAAACUUGCUUUCGGCUACCUUGCUGCCAUCGACAGAGCGAUCAAGUAUCUCGAGAAAAAGGAGCGCAUCUAUGCGGAUCACGGCACCACGGCGUCGCUCCACAAGGCCAGGGACUUGGUCGUACUUGCCAGACAGGUGGUUCGAGCCGCAGCAGGGCAGUCGGCGAGUUCCAAAGUUAACAUUCGGCAAAAUGCGGCUCGCGGUAUGCCUUCCGGCUCGGCAUCAUCCACCGUCGCGACCAACGGUGCGGUUGGUGCGAUGGGCAGCUCUGGAGAUGCGGUUGGUAGAGUGUCUCAUGCUAGCAAACAUCGUCCAACAUCCACCUUCUCGACAAGCUCCGAACGAGACACGGCAUCGGCCGAGGCUGAUGGCGUCCAAGCAGAUGGCCAGGGCAAUCACAGAGACGGCACAUCGCCUUAUCGCGAGCCGAUCGCAUCUCAUUUGAGCGCUGAAGCUCGUGGGCAGAGAGGCUCUUCGAUCGACCUGUCCGUCUCGUCGCUGCUUGCGCCAUCUUCAUCUUGCACUCACUCGUCCUACCGACCGCCGUCGAGUGCCACUUCGCCAAACGCAGCCAUGCCCGCCGAAGCUCUACAUGCCGAGGGCAAGAGCUUUGCCAACGAACGUGACGAAUGGAUGCAGUACUUUUUGUCCAACUUUGACUGGCUCUCUCAGCCGCCGGGCACCACAUCUCAGGCGAUUCAACCCAACAGUAACGCGUCUAUCACGUCUCGUGCCUUUACUGCAGCAGGUACGCCCGACGCAGUAGCAAGGUUCUUCCCAGCUCAUCUAGGCGGAAAUGCAGGAAAGCCCAUGGCAUCCGCAUCGCCUGGCGUGAGUUCACCCGGAAGUGCGGGCAGACCCGCGUCGUUGAGCGAACUCGACAUUGGACUCUUGAUGGGAGGAGUAAGUGUUAUGGAAGGCGGCACUCAUCUCAGUGCGAACAACACUGCGGUCGGAGAUGGCGGCAAUGCGGGUCCUGCUGAGCGCCAAUUCCUUUCCUGA